AUGCAAGCCUUGUCUAUGCUUCACGUUUUCUUUGUAUUAUUGGCUACAUGCCUCCUCCAUUCAUUUGCAGCACCACAUUCUAAGAAGAACUGUCGCUGUCUUCCAGCUGAUGAAUGUUGGCCCUCGCCUAGCAUUUGGUCCGCCUUCAAUGCAACAAUCAAUGGUGCCCUCAUCAAACUCCUACCACCUGGCGCUGUCUGCCACGAUCCGUAUUACGACCAAGAAGCAUGUUCCGUUGCAAAAGCCCAAUGGUAUAAUCCCUCUUGGCGUUCGGAUCAGCCGGGGGCCAUGGUUGAUCCCAGCUGGGAAGGCACGAAUCGCACAGAAACAUGCUCUGUGACCACAGACAGAGCCACCCCUUGCGGACAGGGAAACGUGCCAACAUACGCGGUAGUCGCGACGACGAGCCAGCAAAUCAGCCUUGCCGUCCGUUUCGCCGAUAAAUACCGGUUACGGCUGGUGGUUAAGAACACUGGCCAUGAAUUUAGGGGGAAGAGCAGUGUACCUGACGCUCUGUCUAUCUGGGUCCACCACCUGAAAGCCAUAACUUUUUCUGACAAUUUCGUGCCGGCGGGAUGCAGGGGAAACGGCAAUACCGCUGUCACCGUUGGAGCAGGCGCUCAAUGGGGGGAGGUAUAUAAAGCUGCAGAUCAAAGGGGAUUAGCCGUAGUUGGAGGACAAAAUCCGACAGUGGGAGCAUCCGGUGGUUACAUUCAGGGCGGAGGUCACAGUGCACUGAGUCCCUAUAAAGGAUUAGCGGCUGAUCUCGUAUUGCAGUACACAGUUGUUACGGCGAAGGGCAAGGAAGUGACGGUUAACGCAUGCCAAAACUCGGACCUGUUUUGGGCUCUGCGAGGUGGAGGUGGUGGCACAUUUGGAGUAGUGACAAGCACAACCUUCACAACAUUUCCUACUCCCCCGCAAAUUGUGGCAGGAAUUACUGCGACAUCGAAUUCCUCCACUGAUUUUGAGACAUUCGUUGGCGACUUGACUGCUGAGUUCCCGCGACUCUCGGAUGCGGGAUGGGCAGGGUACCUGUACUAUGCCGGCAAUAACUUUCUCGGAGCGUUUUUAAAUCUUGCAAACGGAACGUCAGCGGCAUCAGAGUCCCUGGCCUUUUUGACCAACUAUAAGAGAACCCGUCCUUCCUCGGAAGUCAACGUCGAUGUACAAAUUCUGACCCUCCCUUCGUUCUACGCAUACUUCAACCUCACCUUCAAUAUGCAGACUCUCCCAAUGCCCGGAUCAAACGAAAGCUCCCCUGCUCCGGAUCCGAAUGACGGUUCCUCCUCCCUUGUGACCAGCCGUCUUAUCCCUCGGGACGCGUUUUUACAAUCGCCGGAGAAGGUUGCAAAGGCAUUCACAAGCAUGAAAGCGCCGUCAACUAUUCUUAUCCUUCACCUGGUUGCAGGAGGAGCGGUAGCACGCUAUCCCCCGGACCACAUUGCUGCGCAUCCGGGAUGGCGUAAUACACUUUUGCAUGUCGUGGCAGUAUUCCCCACUAGUGGGACACCGCUUUGGGAGAUUGCUGGACCAAAACCUGCUGCAUACUUGAAUGAAGCCGACGCUACCGAGGAUAUCUGGAAACAGCUGUUUUGGGGUGAUCACUACGAUAGGUUAAAGAAAAUUAAGGACAAGGUUGAUUCAAAAGGUCUAUUUUUUUGCACGAGAUGCGUGGGAAGCGAUGAAUGGUCUGAAGAUGGUAACUGCCGGAUAUAG